CUAUAAUCAUCAGUCUUUAGACAUUGCCUGGCGUGAUAAGAACGUUCAAAUGCUCCAACAAAAUUCCGAGAGCAUGCUGCUGCAACCCAUUGGAGUACUGGUCAUUGCAUUUGCAUUACAGUUGACAGUUGCCGUUGCCUCACCCGCGCGUGGCGACAGUCUGCGAGAGUUACGCAAACUCAUGAGGCAGCAGCAGGAUAAUGAGCAGCAAGUGACAGCAACACCAUUGAAACAAUUCAAUGAAGACAUCAAUCAGUGGGCGAUGUCCCUGGAGCAGCUGGGCCACGAAAUCUACCAGUUUGUGUCGCAGUGCCGCCAGCCGGGCAGUCAAUGCCAGCAACGGCGUGUCCAGCGUAAGUUUCGAUCCCUGAGACAUGGCUAUACGGAGCUCAGGGCUCGAUUGGAGGCACUGCAGGUGCACCACAUGGGCGGAUCGAGCAACGAGGAGGAGUUGUGGAUUAUUGACAGCUCUAUGCAGAAGGUCAAAAUGGUGCUCAAGGAAUACGAUGAGACUUUGAGGCUGAUCAAUGGGAAGAUUUACAAAAUGGUGGAGCAAUAAACAAAUAAAUAAUUAGAAGUAUGAAAUAUGUAGGAAAGAAUCCAAGUACGAAAAGUGUAUCUAAACGAAGGAUAUAAUGUG